UGUUGUUGGCUUUUCUUUUACAUAGCUAGCUGUGAGAGGGUUAUAUGUGUAGGACAGACACUUGUUAAAGCUCACUUGUUAAAACUCACAGUUUAUCUUCAUAGCCAGAGAACAAGCACAGGAACAUCUUUCUCAAAGCAAACACACUCAGUGACAGAGAAAAAGCACAAAGAACAAGAAACCUUUCUACACACUAAGAGAUGGACCCAAAUGCAUUAAACAAGACGAGGAGAAACGCCACUCCUCUGAAAAAGCAGCAGUCUACGCCUGCAGACAUGCAUCGGCAGUUCCCGAAGAUCUCCUUAAGCGAAGUGGAUGAGAAGGUGAAGCGUCUAGCUGAGAAGGUGUAUGCAUCAGCAAUAAAAGAGGAGAGCACCAAAGAUGUCAUGUCAAUGUUUACCGUGCCUGAGGACUGCCCAAUUGGUCUCCAUCAGGCUAAGGAGCGAGAGCUGCUUAAAGGGCUGGCUGAGGAACAUUCAGAAGAGAGUGUCAAAAGGAAGAAGAGUUUUAAGCUGAUCCGUUCCCAGUCUAUAUCUCUUCAGAUACCAGGUGCCUCUGAGUGGGCCAUGUCUGUGAUUGGUCCUCUCCUCAACCCGGCUAUAUCUGAAGCUCCUGGUGAAAGCAAUGUCCCAGAGUUCCAGAGAGUCACUAUCAGUGGUGACUACUGUGCAGGGAUCACAGUCGAUGACUAUGAGCAGGCAUCAAAAAGCCUGUUGAAAGCAUUGCUCAUCAGAGAAAAAUAUGCCCGUCUGGCAUACCACCAUUUUCCCAGAACCACUGCCAAGUUUCUAAGGACUGCCUAUAAUGACACAUGGAAUGAAGAAGAAGAUGUUCUGCCAGAUAGCACUCCCUGUCCAAGUGAGGGUGAGGACCCAUACAGUAUGGAGGACAUUCCUCAGAACCUGAACUACAUUAUGAAGAUGAAGGAUGGUAUCAUAAAUGUGUAUGAUGAUGCAGAGGCUUUGAGUAAAGACAUGCCACACAGAUUACCAUACCCUGACAUGGAGACUUUCACUAUUGACAUGACUCAUGUCCUUGCCAUGAUUGCUGAUGGACCCACGAAGACCUAUUGUCACAGAAGGCUUAACUUUCUUAAUUCCAAGUUCUACUUGCAUGAGAUGUUGAAUGAGUUGGCAGAGCUGAAGGAACUAAAGAGUGUUCCACAUAGAGACUUCUACAAUGUCAGGAAGGUAGACACCCACAUCCAUGCAGCAGCCUGCAUGAACCAAAAGCACCUUCUCAGUUUCAUCCAGGACACAUGUAAAACAGAGGCAGAUCGGGUGGUGAUGGAAAAGAGUGGGAAAAAGAUCACCCUGAAGCAGGUGUUUGAAACUCUCCACAUGGACCCUUACGAUCUCACAGUGGAUUCAUUGGAUGUGCAUGCUGGCAGGCAAACUUUCCACCGUUUUGACAAGUUUAACUCCAAAUACAACCCAGUUGGUGCAAGUGAGCUUCGUGAGAUUUACUUAAAAUCCGACAACUACAUUAAUGGAGAAUAUUUUGCGCGGCUUAUAAAGGAGGUGGCGCAUGAUCUGGAGGAAAGUAAGUACCAGUAUGCAGAGCCCCGCCUUUCUAUCUAUGGCCGCUCUGCCAACGAAUGGGAAAGCCUAGCAAAAUGGUUCAUCCAACAAAAGAUGUACUCACCCAACCUAAGAUAUAUGAUCCAAGUUCCAAGGAUAUAUGACAUUUUCAGAUCAAAGAAGAUAAUUCCAAACUUUGCCAAGAUGCUGGAGAACAUCUUCCUUCCUCUGUUUGAGGCUACUGUAAACCCUCAGAAGCACAAGGAAAUUCAUGUUUUACUGAAAUAUGUGACAGGCUUUGACAGUGUGGAUGAUGAGUCCAAACAUAGUGAUCAUAUGUUCUCCUAUAAGAGCCCCAAACCAGAGGAAUGGACCAUGGAAGAAAACCCUCCUUACAGUUACUACCUCUUCCACAUGUAUUCCAACAUCAUGGUUCUGAACAACCUGAGAAAGGAACGUGGCCUCUGUACCUUUCAGUUCCGUCCACACUGUGGAGAAGCAGGCUCCAUCACUCACCUGGUGUCAGCCUUCCUCACUGCAGAUAACAUCUCUCAUGGCCUCAACCUGAAGAUGAGUCCUGUGCUGCAGUACCUUUACUACCUGGCUCAGAUACCCAUUGCUAUGUCUCCUCUGAGCAACAACAGCUUGUUCCUGGAGUACUCCAAGAACCCACUACGAGAGUUCCUCCAUAAGGGCCUGUGUGUCUCACUGUCCACUGAUGACCCCAUGCAGUUCCACUAUACCAAAGAGGCACUGAUGGAGGAGUAUGCAAUUGCGGGACAGCUGUGGAAGCUCAGUACAUGUGAUCUGUGCGAGAUUGCAAGAAACAGUGUCAUACAAAGUGGAAUCUCACAUCAGGAAAAGAAAUAUUUCUUAGGUGAGAACUACCUCCAGGAAGGACCAGAAGGGAACGACAUUCGCCGUACCAACGUGGCCCAGAUCCGCAUGGCCUACAGGCAUGAGACCAUGUGCAAUGAACUCAGCUUCCUGGUAGAUGCAGUUAAAACUGAGCCUAUGACUGGAAAGACAGUGUGAAUAUAUUGAAAGACAAACUAGAAAACAAGGAAGCAUUAGUUUGUUUAGAACACAUUAAAAAUGUCAAUAAAAUUUUUGCAUAUAGGAAUAAUUAUGCUGCUUGUGAUUGCAUUGAGUUUUAUGUGCUUAUGUGCAUCUUAUGUGGCCCACGUGCUUUAUGCAAGACCAUGUUCUCCUGAAUCUAUUCAGAAAAUGAGAUAUUUAUAGUGAAGGAACAUAUAUUCAUUAAUACCUGUGCAUAGUCUCCAAAAAGGGAUGACUUAAGGGGUCAGUUUUUGUUUAAUGACCUACUUUUGAGCUUCUUAAGUAUCAAUGCAAGGGAUUUUUUUUUACAUUUAAUGAAAAGCACUUCCCUAUGAACAGCUUGAAGCACUAAGUACCUUGUCAAACUUAUUGAGCUGCAUUUGGGUGGCUACAAAAUCUAGUGUCAAAUGUGUGACAAUGAUUUGUCUUUUACCUGAGCUGUGCUGUUUUUUCUCCCCCCAUGAGAAGCAUAGCCUUUGUACGCUGUUGUGAAUGUAUCAGAGUUGCAGGACCAGGGCACAUAUCUGUUUUUCUCUUUUGCUUGUGCGUGCGUGUGUGUGUAUGUUUGUGCGCGUGUGUGUGUGUGCGCGUGUGUGUUUCUUUUUUCUUCCACUGAUACCUACAGGGAUCUGAAAACUGCCAAGACGAAAACUUAUCUUUUUUCAAGAAUAAAGUUUUAUACUUGUCUAAAAA